AUGACACUUGUUCUACUUGUUCCCAUCUCAUUGUCCCCAGAAAGCAUCUUUGUAAGUGAUGGCUGAUGAUUGGUUGAAACCGGGCUGACCCCAGGCCAGUUUAAUGAAAUGAGUGGAAUUGGAUUGGAUUGGUUAGCGAAGGCAGGUGCGACGUGAAACAGAGCUGGAGUAUUUAGUGUUAGUCACUCAUCAAAGAUGCAUAGCUAGGGCUCUAUGGCACAGAAUAUUCAGGUUGUGGUUAGGCUAGGCUAGGGACCUCCUGCAAACUGCAUUGUCAAAGUCAGGUACACCCUGUAAACGAGUGUCCCCCCUUUUGGCAUGCCAAAGACAACAGGUGGAGAAGGCGAUCAGCAUCACACACAAACACACACACACACACACACACACACACACACACACACACACUGACAGUACAAGUCUCCUCCAUGUCCUCCUCUCCAGCUCCACUCUCUACAGGCAUAGCCUAUUUCCAGUUCUGUCCCUCUCUCCAUGAAAUGUGGUUUCCAUCUCUCCCCCCAGGUGACUAGAGUCACUUCCCUUCACACUGGCCUAUUCCCCUAAAUACUUUUACUAUCCGUGGACCGCCAAGUCAUCUGUGUUAUAUUAUAUCACGCUUUCACUAAGGGCUCAUUAGGAGAUGGUGGUCUCAGUCUCGUGACUCUGGUCUGUCUAUGUGGCGCAUGUUUCAGCACUAUGUCCAUUAGUUGUAAUGAGCAUGUGCAGAGAGAUUAGGGGGAACUGUCUCUUACAGAGGGCUCUGUGUCAUUGACAUCCACACUGUACUGUACUGUAGUGGUUUACUCCCUGUGUCAUUAACAUGAGUGUACUGAUGCUGAUGAUCAGUCCCAUGAACUUUCCAAACAAUUUGAUAUUUGAUAAGAUAUCUUCAAUGUACUGUAUUUCUUGAAAAUGUGUCACCCUUUGAUGUAAGCUGACUUUUCCACCCUCUUCUUCCUCCACUCCCUCCUUCCCUAUCUCUCUCUCUCUCUACAGUAUGGGGAGGAGGAGGUCUGCUCGGACUGCCUGGACUCUGACUUCCCUGACAUUGACCUCUCUCAGCUGGACGCCAGCGACUUUGACUCAGUCAACUGCCUCAGCGAGCUCCACUGGUGCAACGACCAAUCAGACAUCUCCGCUGCCUCCAUCCAGUACAGCACAGGAGACCCCGAGUUCUUUGAGGUGAGACGCUCGGCCCCCCGCUCAGGAUUCCACUAGCCUGGUCCCAGAUCUGUUUGUGCUGUCUUGAAAACUGAUCUGGGACCAGGCUAGGAUUCCACCAGGACCAUCUCCUCCCACCCCUAUGUAAUGGAACUGCAACAUAGAGAAUAGCCCCGUGAUAUGGCUGUAGACUCCUAUGGCGUAGGACUAGACUACACAGAUUAGUGGUAAACCGAAGAAGCUCCAGUCUGAGUCUAUGAUAAGGUUGUAGACUCCCAUCUUAGAAUCCCCCUCAGUGAUCGUUAUCGAUCUGUCUAAUGCACAGAUCUCACAUAAUGUGUUCAUAAACAUCAUCCAGUGAUUGAGUGAGCCGGGCCCCACCAACACAACACUGUUGUUCCUGGGUCUAUUUUACCUUACCAUCCACUUGAUUAUAAUCCCUUGUUCAGAUUGAUUUAUGAGGGGUAGAGUAGAGGUUGGAUUGGGACGAUUACCUCCGGGCCUUGUUUUGGAUGCCAGUGUGGAAGCCAUUGAUCUCCCAGCUUAGUUCAUUUAACCUUCAGAUUGGGGGUGGGGGGUGUAAGAUGAAACCUCGCUCACUUCCUGUAGGCUGUCUCCGCUCCGCUAUCAUCCCACCACCUGAUUCGAUGCUCUCAGCAAGAUGGCAGCUGUUGAAACGAACAACCCAGUGUGUGGAUGGUUGGCGUCCCUCAGACUACAGGGAAAGAGUAGAAUUUAAAAGCAGAGUGCUCUGUGUUGUAAGGAACUCAUCUGUGUUGUACUAUAAGUGGGUGGUAUGCUCACUUACUCCCCCUCCUGCCCCCUAGAAGAGGGGAAUGAACUGUGUUGUAACUAACUGUGUUGUAAAUGGGUAGUGUGUUCACUGAUGCCCCCUCUCUCUCUCCUGCCCCCUCCAGAUAGAAGAUGAGAAUGCGGCACUGCUGGCUGCUCUCACAGACAGCCUGGACGGCAUGGUGGAGGACGAGGUGGGGGGGCUGUCUGUGUUUCCCUCGCUGGGGGAGGGGUCUGAGGAGGACCUCCCCUUCCCUUCAGGCUCCCUGAGUGACGGCUCCCUGAGCUCAGAGACUGAAGACCCGUCUCUAGUAAGAACCCUUCCUCACUGUUUAAGGUGGAUUUGGAUGGGCCUCUGCUCUGACUACCCCACAGCAUGGGUAUGAUAGGCAACAAAGGUCUGAAUUUUUCUCAUUUUGGGCUUUUCCAUUCUUUUUAGCAACCACUACUUCUAAUAAGAAUGCUUUUUAUCGGCAGGCACAGGCAGGCAACCUGGCUGGACCACAACUAUGGUCUCUUAAAGGAACUGUGGCUCUCAUUAAAUCUACCUUUUUUCCCCUUGCCCCCAUUGUUCUACUUCUCUCUCACUCCCUGGCCAUCUUAAAGGGGUAAUAUACUACUCUCAUGCCCAUGUCUGCCUCCUAGGACCUAGCCCAGCCUCCUAUAGCUCCAGCAGUUAAACUGUGGAGCCAACCCUGAUGCAGAGUACCCUGUGACCCUCCCUCCCUUUUCUCUCCACCCCUGUCUCCCCGCACCCCUCUCCUCUCAGAACCACGCUUCCAGGAAAAACAUGUUUUUCUUUUCAACUGUUGUCCCUAUCUACUCAUGCUUGCUCUGGAUUGCAACAGAAAACUGGUAUCUUUUACAGAGAAUACGAUAGGAUUUCAUUACAUUGGGAAACAUUUGUCCGGUUGCUAUUCGGUGUGCUCGGAUGAGCAUGCAAGUUAACUAGGAAGUCUGGUGUAAUAUACUGUAUGUCCUUUUAUUACUUCUGGAAUAUAUCCUCAUUGUUCUUGUCCACAAUGAAGCUAACAUACUUCCUUAAGUUUCCUUAAGUUUCAAACUGACACAAACUUUGGACCGGGUUUAAAGAGACACAGAGAUCUCACAUUAUCAAGGCAAGGGUUACAAAGGUCCUAUUGUGUUACAGCUCUGAGUGAAACAAGCUAUGUGCAUACCUGCAUGGUCACUCACUGCCCAUACUCACUCUGCCUCUCAGAGAUAAUUGCAAUUACAGGAUAACAUACAGACUAUAUAUAUAUAUAUAUACCCACUGAAGGGAAUUUUUCACAAAUGGAUUACAUUUCCCUCAUGAUGUCCUUAGAUGGCUUAAGAAUCUUAAUAGGAGUUGGUAUCAGUUGGCACUGAUAACAGCAAUAAGACAAAAUUAGCAAAAACUGGUAUUCUGCUUCUGUUGUUGUGCAUGCUAAGUAAUGCAGAGGUAAACAAAUAUACAUACCGUAGAUCCUAUAGGCUAGAAGAGUGGAAUGAUGGCCAAUGAGAUGCCACCAUUUCAUUAUAAUGUUCAUAACUUCCUGCACUGUUUUUAGACACACAAAAAAAGGCCCAUCCAUAUGGUGAAAUGUGGUUUAACAUGGUGACAUGUACCAGUCCACCUUCCUCCCUCCCUCCCUACCUGUCAGUCCCUUUCCAUCCCAGAGAGACAGCCUAGAGGAUUUGUUGCAUGUGACCCUGGUGUUGUCAUCACUGGUGUGUGAGAGGAGGAGGACUCCCUCUGCUGGCAGGAGCUGUAACUGCAGCUGACCUCAGUGUUGUGUGUGUGUGUGUGUGUGUGUGUGUGUGUGUGUGUGUGUGUGUGUGUAGGUUUUUUGGGGCCAUUUAAAUCUUUGGGUGGGUGUUUUAUCGGGCCGCCUAAGACCAAACAGUGUAAAAACAUUUUUUGGGCCAAUGAUUUAAUUACCAAAAAUUAUCGGGAUGGAAUAAGGCUUUCAGUGUCAACUUUUAAACGACUAAAACCAAAUAUAAAGUAUGUAGAAAAGAGAAUGAACCUAUAUAUUUGUUUUAUAAUAUAAUCUCUGAGAACUAACAAUCACCAAAAUAACAGCUAGACAGUCCAAGAGAAUUGAAAAUUCCUAAAACAAUUGAUUUAGCAGUAUUGAUUUUGUUAUUAUGUUUGAGAAAAAGAACAUAGCAUUAGCCAUGGCAAAAUGUGUAGCAUUGUAGGAAAUUAUCUUUAGAACUGCAAAAAUUCCACUCAGCUCCAUGGAGAAAUGCGUAGAAUUGCAGUAAAUUGGCUCAAAAAUGCAACAUUGUCUCUACACCGCCAAGAUGGGGGGCCUAACAUUACGUGCGUGCCUGUGUGUGCGAGGCAGUGUGUGCGCGUGCGAGGUUGUAUGCAGGCAGAGAACAAGGGCUGCAUUGAGCCAGGCAGGCCAGGAAGUGGGCCAGAGUAGAGUAGUCUUUCAUGGCAUGGAUGGGCCUGGCGUGUCAACAGCAUUUUGUACACAAAGAUGGAAACCUUCAGCACCCCUUAACUUCCUCAAUGAAACACUGAGAGGCACCAUCGAAGCCCAUGCCAAGUUGGCACAUGCUGACAGGGAUGGGCAACUCAAUUAGCACUGUUCUUCUCAUCUAUUUCAUUAUCUGUUUCAACAAGGGCUCUAAGCAUGACAUAUAGGACCAGACAGUAUUUAGCUAUCAGCCAAACAUAACCAGCCGCAUCAUUCCCUCACAUCUACAGUAGGCGCUCCGGUGCUAUCCUCAGUCUUUGCCAAAACCAAUGCAGCUUACGGGAUUGUUGUUGUAAGCAGAUUUAUAUCAUCUGAUGAUUUCACAUGCGAUGCUGCUGCUGCUGCCUCAAAGUGUAAUGGAUGAAAUGCGAGGAAGUAAAAUCUCCAUUUGAUAUGCAAUACUACAGCAUUACCUCCUCAUUGCAAAAUGCGGGAGAGCUAUAGAAUCGCAUUUCCGUUUGAUCUUAUAUUCACACGGCUUCCUCCUGCCAGCUUCGGUUUGAGCUCUAUAUUGUUCAAACGCUGGAUGAAGGAGGAGAAGAAAGCGGGGGAAAUACAUUUACGGGUGGAUGAGUCAUGUCAAGAGUGAUAAUACAUGUUGAUGCUACUGUAUGUUCUGCUGAUUGAUUGAUUGAUUGGCAGACAUGUACAUUACAGUUGUCCCAACCCAUGUCCCCCUACAGCUGAAAAAGCUCCUGCUGUCCCCCCCUAACGUGCCCACGGGCCUGGAGUCACACAAAGAGGGCAGCAGCAACAGCGGGCAUCGCCAUUGCAGCAGGAGCCUGCAUCUGAAACCUGUCAGGCCUUUGGUUAAGGUGAGUAAGUUGGAGCUCUGUGUGUGGUGUUCUGGAAUAGAGCUCUGUCUAGCAUAGAGCUCUAGCAGCUCAGAAUAGAGCAGGGAAGGCAACACGAGAGACUUAAAGCGAGGGAGAGCGGAUACAUAGGCUAGACGACAGGAAAGGUUUUCUAUAGCUAUGACCCUUAGUCCGUUUCUAGUUCAUUCACUGCUCUGCCAUCCGGAUCCAGGAUAUGGGUUGAAUAGAGGACCUAAUCACCAAGGUAAUGCUUUGAUUAUAGUGUUUUUAAAGACUAAAACAUACUACAAGCUCUACGGGAAACACAAGAUUCGGAGCAUAGCGCAGUGUAGUGGUGCAAGGUAGUUUUUCGUCACAGAAGGGGUGGCAUUCGCUCCGGAAUUCGACGUACAUUUGUACUACCUGAAAAUGGAGAUGUGCCGUAUCCUUCUUUCCGCAGCAGUGUUUGGUUCCUUGAUCUGAUAUAUAGGCUGUAUAGGUAGCCUAUUUUGCAUUGAUAACCAAAUAUAAUCUCAGCAGCUGUUCAAACAGUAAACCAAACAACAAGAAUCCACUCAAAAAGGUAUUUUGUUUAGAAAUAAUAACUAGUGAUUCCAGGCUAUUGUGAAAUGGUAGAACUUGCUAUAGCCAACCAGCUAGCCAGGUGCUUUUUUCUCCAUGACCAAAACAUGAUGACAUUCUAUUUUUAGCUGAUAUCGGCAUUAAUACACAAACAGCAUAUCAAACUGGGAUAAUGUUUUAGGUUACUCCGGCAAGUAUACAAAUAUUUGCCUGGGCAUAUUUUUUUAUUAUAAAUCUGAUUAUUUCACAUGGAGAUGUGGAAAGCUAAAAAGGCUAGCUAGCUUACUAUGUUUUUAGUGAGGCUUAAGACAGCUAGCCAGGCUGCCAGCUAGCUACUACUAGCAAAAAAGCUUUCUCCCUCUUGUGAAUGGGACUGGGACCGAUGUGGACAUCAUGUUACCAAAAGGUGUCCACUGCUCCAAAAAUCCCAUUCCACCCACGCGCAUGCAUGUAGAUCAACGGAGUGAAGCUUUUAGUAACCUUAAGCCUUUAUUUUCUCAUUUAUUACCCCUGUCCUACCCUGGCUUUUCCUUUACUGUGGUGGUGGCCGAGGCAUGUGACAUCUGUGGCAUUAGAGUGAGUGAUGCUGAGGCUUUGGAGUGACAGAUGGCUGUAGUCUCGACCAGGGGAAAGGCUAGGGCAGCUCUGGCAAUGAGCUGGUGGUUAUAUAAAGUGCAUCAUAGAAUAUCUCUCGUCUCUCUGUCUCUCUGUCUCUCUGUCUCUCUCUCUCUCUCUCUCUCUCUCUCUCUCUCUCUCUCUCUCUCUCUCUCUCUCUCUCUCUCUCUCUCUCUCUCUCUCUCUCUCUCUCUCUCUGAGUCGUGAUUCUGGGAACAUUGGUAUGAAUCUCUGUUGCUCUCUGUGCUGGUUUUGGUUACUCAUAAGUUCAAAAUGUUCACUCUGCACUGUAUCUUCUCAUUGCCUAGACACUCAUUAAUAUUUUGGGUCAUACAGUGCACAGAGGCUCACCAAGGUCAUUUUAUAGGUAGUAACUCUAACUCUUUCUUUCUGUAGCGUGAAAGCACACAGGAGCGUAAGCCCCGAGCGGUGCGACCAGCAGGACGUCUGUGCACAGAGCUCCACCGGCACCUGACCAGCGCACAGGAGGCGGAGGACACUCCUUCAGCCGACACAGAGGAUGAGGAGGACGAGGAGGAAGAUGAUGACGAGGAGGACAGUGAGUCCGAGGAGGAAGAAGAGGAGGAGGAGGAGGAGUCCUCGAGCAGUGAGAGUGAACGCUCCACUCCCCUUGAGCCCACCAAGCCCCAGUUCUCCUCUGAGAAAGAACUCAAAUCUGUGGUGGAGCUCAUCAAGUAUAUGCACACAUACUGCCUGCCAGCGCGCAAGCAGGCCGUCUGGGAGCGCAAGGAGCGUGAGUGCCUAGGCCAGGUACGAAGGGUCAGGCCCGAGUGCACCCCGUUCCUGAUCCCCCCGAACUGUCACAAGGCUGCCCCCCAGGCCCAAAGCAGCACCCCUCGGCCGCGCCUCGCAUUCACCCGCAGACGGGAGGUCAAAGCCAACUCUCUCCUGCGCGAACUGCUCAAAGCGGUCAACUCCUUUGACGUGAGCAAGCCUUACAGACUCCACAGCCCCCCCUACACCCAUAACAGAGGAGCUAUCACCAAGCCAGUGCAUGACAGAAAGACUGAGACCCCCAGCCUGGCUGCCAGCUCAACCAAACCAGAGCUUAUGAAAGAGUGCGGCCUAGAGGCCCCUCUGAGCCCUGACCUGGAGGACGCCUCCUUCUCUGUCCGCCGCUCCCGCAGGCUCGCCUCUUUCCCCAGCCGCUUCGCCAAGAAGGUGCGUGCAGGCCAGGUGAGGGUGGAGCCUGCGUCCGGGGCGCGGCGCCCUGGCGAGGAGGACAAGGCGGUCAAACACCCCCUGGGAGACGACCCGGAGAAGGACUCCGCCGCCAAUAACAACAGCACUUCCCAAACCACGGCAAACGCAGCCGAAUCCGAUAACCUCUGCUGUCAGAACGGUAAGAUGGCGACGAUGUCAGAAACCCCCAAGCUCUCAAGGCAUGUCCUGAUUUUUCAGUCCACAUGGCUCCAUCAUGCGGUAUCUUUCUUCAAUUUGAUGUGAAUGAAAAACACAAGUGCCACUGAUAAAAGGCUGGUAAAAGGUUGUUUUUAUACCUGCUGAACCUGCUGUAGUGUUCUCUGACCAUGUAUGUAAUCAUUGGUACCAAUGACUCUUUCUGUCGUUCUGAUUGCAGAGAAACGCGCCUGCCUCUGUCUGCCGCUGAAAUCUACUGGGUUUGUUUUCCAUACUAUACUCCUAUACACUACAAUACAUAUACUGCUAGCCCAUAGCCCCACUGGAAUCACAAAGCUAUUUUUAAUGUACACUUCUGGAAAUCUUCCAUGUGUAAAAUUACUGUGGUGUUCUGUGGCUCACAUAGAGUUUUGUGCUGCUUUGUGGACUCUGUAAUAUCCCCAAAGCACUCCACACAAGCCUUUCAUGGUAACACAGAUCCCAAAAUAGACCUCAAAAGGAGAAGGAGCUUGUACUGUAAGACCAAUCAUAGACGGCUGUAAAGGGAAAAAAAGAAAAGCUAUUCUCAUAUAGCUCACGUUCACAAUAAAAAUGUAAUACAAACUCCAACAUAAACCCUACAAAAGAAAUCCUUUAAAAAAAUCAUAGUACUGUGCAGUACAUCCUUUUGUCGCCCCUCUACCUCGACCCCUGCACCCCUGGCCCUGAUGAUGACUCUGCAAUCUCUCUCUCUCUCUUCCCCGUGAUCAGAGACACACAGUAUGCCAACAAGCCCUUUGAGCAGACUCUCAGCGUGGAUCUGUGUGGCACAGCAGGUAAUGUUGGGGCUUUGAGUCGGUGUUGAUAAUAGUAACGUCUUUUACACCUUGGCUUGACAAGACUGAAUAAGAGCAGCAUUUUGGAGCUAUAUCCUAUUGUGUCUGUCAGAAGAAGCGUGUCUAGAGGGAAAUAAAAUCUAGCUAGCUAACAAACUGUAUUGUAGACUAGUUUAUCUCUUGUAGAUAUACUAUUGCUAACACAGAGCUCGGUAGUAGAGGAGAGGGGGAAUGCAUUUGUAUUGUGUUGUAAAGAGCAUGCCUGGAGUCUAAUGACGUGAUCUGUCUCCUGUGUAAAUGUCAUCUUGACAGGGCUAAUUUGGUUGUAUAGCUACUUGGGAACGGAGAAGACUGAUAUAACAAUACUUUACAGUGUCUGCCGCUGAUAUCUUCCUCAAAAGCCAUAAUGUUAAUAACAAUUGAAAGUCAAAUACGCACUUCAGUUCAAAUCAAUAUGAGAUUGUGUGCUCGCCUUGUGCCGUAUCAAGUCGCUGUGUUACUGUAAUGUUACAAAAUAACAGCAUCAAAGCAAUUUGUUGUAUUGGGAAAGCCAUUGAAAGACAAAUAGAAGUGAACAGAGUAACAGACAGUACACCCAGUAACAGUUAAAUAUUAGCAAGAUUUUAAAACGUGACCAGUGAAAUUGUCUGAACUGUUGAUGUUUCUCUAAUGUUAACCCAACUGUACUGUGAGGUACAUUUGACUUAUUGGAGUGGUGUGUGUUUUCAGGCCUCACCCCUCCCACCACCCCCCCUCACAAGCAAGUGGAGGACGAGCUGUUCAAGCCAGAGGGGAAAGGAGAAUCCCCCCCGAAGGGCUCGUGGCUGACCCGGGCCCACUCCCGCAAGCUCCCCGAGCAGACUGAACUCUACGCCCAGCUCCGCAAGAUGGGCCAGGCCAUCGAUGCAGAACCCAAAGUCCACAGGACGUUCGGAGACCACGACUACUGCCUGCUGAGUCUGGGGGAGAGCCGGAAGAGAACCACCGCCAUGCUGUCCCACUCACUGUUUGGACGCCCCUCUCCGGAGGGGCCAGAGCCUAAGGGGGACAGGGCUGACCCCAGGGUCCAGGGGGACAAGAGGCUGGAACAGCAGCAUGAAGACAGGCUCUUUUCCAAGGUGCCAGAGUACCUGAGUAACGGUAACAGGGCUGACAGCAAGGUGGACGCUUUAUCCCCCCAUAACUCAGAUGAAGAGGGGGAACGCUCCUCCCGUUCACCCUCCCCCAUCCUCCACUCCGGCUGCUGCCAGCCCCACUCGCCUAGCAGCAAGCCCGACUUCAGGUGAGAAUAUAAACCACUGUUUGUCUGAUUAGCAGUCACAGCCAGGAGGACUGUCUCCUCUCAUUGGCAUGUGACUCAGGUUCUUCCAUUAGCUCCCGUCUUAUACUGUGUCUCUCUCCUCCUCAGCUGUGAGAACUCUGAGAUGUGCCACGGAGACAAGCAGAGAAACAAAAUCUCCAAGUCUGUGUUUCAAAUUGACGAGGUAAACACCAAUUAAGAGCUAUUAUGAGUUUCACAGUGUGUGAAGUUGGCAUGAUUUGCCACUGCGGCAAGUGUCUUGUUCUGACAGUUGCCAUUGUGUCGUUGCCUAGGACAACUGCCAAGUGUUCUACAUACACAACCUGCCGAGCAGCGUCACACAAACGAUGCUGCGCAAACGCUUCGAGGCCUUUGGAGACCCGGAGGACUGCAAAGUCAUCACCAAACACGAGUAGGUCCUUUUUAUCAGCCUGUCUGGCCCGUCUGUGACCUUCCAGAGUACGGAAUGCAGUGAAAGUGAGGACCACGUGCUGAAACUCAUCCCUCUGUCUUUGUGCGUGUGCGUGCGCAUGUGUUUGUGUGUGUGUGUGCAUGUGUUUGCACGUGUGUGUGUGUGUGUGUGUGUGCGCAUAGGGAACGCUGUGGAGUCAUCAAGUUCCGUCCGGCACCCAGCGGGCAGCAGAUCCAGCGGCACAGACGAGAGCCGCUCUUCCAGAACGGAGGGGGUGGUAUGCACAGGCUCAGCAGGAAGAGAUACAUAGAUCUGGGUAAGCAGAGAUACAGUCAAAGUAAAGUCAAACCAUAGUAUAGGGAAUCAUUGUACCAUCUAAAUCGCUGUGAAAUAUACUGUAUUUUCAAGAACAAAAAAUAUAUUUUUUUUACAGCUGUUUGAACCUGGUGGACCAAAACAGCUUUUUGAAGCCGCUAGAACAAAACCGAAAGUACUGUAACUUUCGUUUUGGUCCAUCAGCUUCAAACAGCUGUAAAACUAUAUUUUUUGUUCUUGAAAAUAUAUUUCACAGCGAUUUAGAGGGUACAAUGAUUCCCUACACUAUUCAGUGCUUGUUUUCUCACAUAAACUGAAAUUGAGAGAACUGUAGAAUUUUAGCAACAAGGAAAUUAGAGAUUUCCACUAGAUAAAACAGCCACAAAGCCAGAAUAGCUUUCCCAGUUUGACAACAGAUGCCGCUCUGACGGGAGAAAUAAAUAGGCAAAUAUCACAGCCAAUCACAACACUGGCGGGUAAGUAAUACUGUGAAAUACUAUCAUUUCACUAUUAGCGGCAGAUAUAUUAUGGAAUUUUUUCUGAAGUUACAAUGCAAAAAUAAAAUAACAAUCCUAUGUGUAUUACCUUUAAGGAGUAUGAACUGUUGGAUGGUGGCAAUACUAAGAUAUUGUACAAGUUGUAUCUCCAUGUAAUGUUGAUGGUCAUGAUGACACUGUUCUAACAAAGCUGUGUGUGUGUUUCUCUCUCCAGACGAAGCAGGACCAGGGCCGGUGAAGAGCAAGUAUGACGCCCUGGACUUUGACACCCUGCUAAAGGAGGCCCAGAAGAGCCUGCAUCGCUGACGGUGACUCGGCUGGCCUCGCCUUAGAACCCUCGUACCACCCCAGACUUGCCUCAGUACCUCAACCAAGGCACCUCGUCAUGUUUACAUUUUUAACGUUGGAAUAAGAAACUGACCUUCUCUCUUUCAACUGAGGAUACUCCCGAGGAAGCUAGCAGGGGUUGGAGGGAUGGAGAAAAAAAGCAACGAAACAACAUAACAUUUAUCUGAACACAAAAAGCUGCUUCCUGUCUGUGUUCCUGACUUUGUUGUGACUCAUCGUGGUCCCGUUGAGAGCCAAUGGGCGUGUGGGCGGGCGAGACCUCUGUAGCAAACCUUGCUCCCUCCGUUGGUCGUUGUGGUGUGUGUGUCUGCGUGCGUGUCGUUUUUUUGUACCCCCUUGGUCACUACUGGUGGAACUGCAAGCUGUAUUCGCCAUUACGUUGUACGGUAUAUAGCAAAACCUGCUUAAUAUUAGCAAAAUUGUGGAUGUUAAAACUGUGUGUUAUGACAUAAAAUACAAAAACAAAAAAAUAUUUGGAACAGCUUAGAGUUUACAUAAUCGAAAAUGAAAAGAAAAAAAUCUUGUUUUUUGUAAUUUUAGUGCUUCCUUAAUUUCAUCUAUGCACUCUAACGAGGUAAUCAUGUUUCUUCUCUCAACUUCUUCCCGCUACUCUGCCACGCAACUCUGCUAUGCUGUUGGCUGCUUUACUCUAUAGGUUCUGAGCUAGCCACUCUCACAACCUGGUUACACUAAUCUAGGAUGGCAGUCACUUCCUAUCCUACCAAUGGCACAUAAAUGGGCCUAUGACAACUAACGCUAUUAUGUCAUGAAGUAAAUUUCAAGGCAUACUUACCCUAUGAAAACUCACUCUCCAGAGCAAGAUCACAUAAUCCAUCCCAGCCAAUACUCUGCACUAUUUGUACUAUCUGAACAUGUCUGUAAGUGCAACCCAGCCAAGGACAGAGCAGAAUCAGACAUUUACUCCAGGUUCUAGAUUAUACCGUAUACUAUAGUAAUGGAAUGUACACCUCACUGAUCUGAAUGUAGAGCCCUUACCUGAACCCAAGUCUCUGUAGUUGUGCUCCUUUAAUAGAGCUCCAUUGCAGCCUGUCUUUUUGUGAUGCAGCCAGCAGCAUAGCUGAGGGAGAGAGCAUCCAAGGCUCACCGUACAGGGGUACCACUUCUGUAUAUGGUGAUGGUAGAGGUCAUAUUACGAUUAACACCUGAGAGAGGGGUGGUGGUAAAUCAAAAAGAGUAUGUUGAACUCUGUUGAAUUUUCCCAGAGGUAUGGAUGGUACCACAUCAGACAAGCGUCUCCACCUCAUUUAGAUCCUUCCCUCUUCUUCUCGGGUGCUCUCUUCCUCUUUUUACUCUCGCUCUUCCUCCGCUGAUACACUCAUUUACUUCUCCCAAGCUAUCCUUUCUGAUUGGUGGAGGAGUUCAGCUUGCUUUUCCUGCUAAAACUCCCACAACUCGCCUCGUGGCUAAAAACUCAAAAUAGUUUGCGUGUCAGUUUUUGGACUGUGUAUCCAAUGUGUACCUGAGUGUGUCGUCUGUCUGUGUCUCGUGUUCGGGUUGGCGCUGCCAUCGCUGGGGAUCCCAGGGGGACCCAUGGCCCUCUGGUGUGCUGGGAGACUGAAGACCUAUUUUGUUCUCUCCCCCUCUCUUUAUUUUUUCUUCGAAGACCAGGUCCCCCUGUCCCCCAGCCCCUCAAUACUGUGCAGCCUAGCUCUUCUGUGUGUGGGCAUGGGGCCUCGUGCUGCCCCAGCCUUGGCAAACCUCCUUCAUUUUUUCUAACAGAUUAUCCCUGUCUCUCUCUCUCUCUCUCUUCCCCAUUUAUCUAAUCUUCUCCUCUGUAACACACAUGAAAUUGAAUGUUUACAUCACUGAUUUCUCCUUCGACUUUAUUAGUUUGCACACUAAGUACAAAGACGCCUUAUUCAGUGUUUGAGUAUCCUAUCAGGAUGUGCCUUCUUGGCUUACCCUAGUAGGUUUACUGAAGUAAAAAAAAGUACAAUAUUUAGUGCUAUACAUACUGAUAAAAAAAAAAAAGGUUGCUAAUCAAAAGAAGAAAAGCUGAAUGAGUAUUUGUGCUUAGUAUGUAUACUACUAAAAAGUGAGAGAAUGUGCUGGUUUACAUGAUAAAAAAUAUAAAUAUGAUAUUAUAUAAUGUGUAUAUAGCACUAUGCGUAGUGUAAACAUGAAAUGUAUCGUUGUGUCUAUACAGCGAUUUGUAGAUGUGCGUUAUAAAGGUGGUGGGACACCAUUGCAAAUCAGACUGGCAAGGAUAAACUGUUUAAAGAUGCAAGGUUGAACAAUACAGGGAGUAACUGAACUGAAGGGAAUUUCUUUUAAAAUGACUUGACACAAGUCACACUGUUGUAUAAAGUAUCCCUUUAGAUAUGCUAUAGAAAGUUUCAUUUCUUUUUUAAUGAUUUAAAUAUUUUUGAUGAUUUUUCUUUUUUUAACGCAAUUGAGAUGCAAUACAUAUAUCUAUGAGACAGCCUUUCUCAAAAAUUGGAAGUGGUUAUUUCAGUGGUUGGUUAUUAAAAUAAAUCCUUGAAAACUGAUCCUGUACUGUACGUUGUAGAACUGCUAAAAAAAAAAAAAAAAAAAAA